AGAAAUAGCCGACGUUGGCCUCUGGUAUCAACGCACUUUGUCUAUUUGCUAUGAACAAUAAUUUUGAAAAACCAAACAGAGAACAUUUCCUGCAAGAGUUAGCUGCAGAGUUAGUACGGCCACAAAUAAUGAAAAGAAUUGAACAUUGAGGAAACUACUCUAGCAACAGACAAGGCUACUACAAAGAAAC